GCGUCCGAAAUCCUUCACUGCCUUCACUGUUGGCCUGCAGCUGAGAUAUCACCAUCCCCUUGUCUAGCUCUGUGACGGCCAUAUUUUGAACAGUCAUGAGCAGACCUAAGAUUGAUAUUGACUUGUAUCUCACGGAAGCCAUCUCUGCAACCCCGGCGGAUUUGCACCCAUUCUUUGAGUCUUUCCAGACGCUCUACAGUCGUAAGCUAUGGCACCAAAUGACGCUCAAGCUGUUCGAUUUCUUCGAGCAUCCUCUAUCAAAGCCGUACAGAGUGGACGUCUUCGACAAGUUUGUGCGAGACUUUGACUCGCGGCUAAAUCAACUACGGCUUGUAGAAAUGGGUGUGAAGGUCUCCAGAGAGUUCGACAAUCCAGUAACACAUUUGACAUUCCUGACCGACCUGCUCUCGCGCGUGAAUACCGAAAAAGCGCCAGAAGCGCACGUCCUGCUCCUUUCUAGUCUCGCGCAUGCCAAGCUCGUCUAUGGCGACCUCGAGGGCUGCAAGAAGGAUAUGGACGCAGCAUGGAAGAUCUUAGAUGAACUCACAGGAGUGGACACAACCGUGAACGCUGCAUACUAUGGCGUGGCUGCCGAUUACUAUAAGGCCAAGGCGGAGUACGGAGCAUACUAUCGGAAUUCACUCCUGUAUCUGGCAUGCAUUGACCCCGCCAAGGACCUAACUCCACACGACCGCCUAGGGCGUGCACACGAUCUCGCACUCGCUGCGUUCCUUGGUGACUCAAUUUACAACUUCGGUGAACUGCUCAUGCAUCCAAUUUUGGACGCACUUGACAGCUCGCCAUACGAAUGGCUCAAGAAGAUGCUGUUCACGUUCAACGAAGGCAAUGUCGGCAAGUUCGAAGGCCUUGCCCCUAUCCUGCCGCAAGAGCCGAUCCUCUAUGAUAAUUUCAACCUGCUUCGGCAGAAGAUCUGUCUCAUGGCGCUCAUCGAGUCGGUGUUCAAGCGUGGUUCAAAUGACCGGACGCUCUCGUUCCAGACGAUCUCGCAAGAGACGCGGCUUGACAUCGGUGAGGUCGAGCAUUUGGUGAUGAAGGCUCUCAGUUUGAAACUACUGAAGGGGUCCCUGGAUCAGGUGGAGCAGAAUGCGCACAUUACGUGGGUGCAGCCCCGCGUGUUGUCCACGGACCAGAUCGGGGCUCUCGCGAAGAGGCUGAACACAUGGGGGGAGAAGUUGCACAAGGUGGAAGAGCGGAUCGCCCCCGAAGUGCUCGUGAAUGGCUAAUGUAUGUAUCAUGCACUUGUUGUCAUCGUAGGUUUCAGUGUAUCUUCGUAUGAACUCAAUUAUACGAACCUGCGCUGCGUGCUUGUACUCGUAUUCGUCUUCAACGGGCAUGAUAUGUCUGUUUAGGCCG